AAAUCGUCUCACAACCAUUUAAAGCCAUAGUUUUCUCAAGAAAGUUACAAGAGAAACACCAACAAAAUGAUGAAAUUAAGCUCUAUUUUUGCUAUAGUUUUUGUUUUGUUUAUCAUUUCUACAGUUGCAGUUUCUGGCGAAGAAAUGGAAGUUAGACGUGUGGAAAGAGGAUUUUUCUGCAAUCCGGCCCUUUGCUACAGAAACUGCAAAUUAGAUGGUUACAGGAGGGGGUCAUGCUCAGGUGACGAGUGUGUUUGCAUUUAACAUGAUUAAAUUUUAAACAAUUAAUUAAGACUUAUGCAACCACCAAAGUGAUGAUAUAUUGUUGGUCACAUAUACAAAUAAUUAAUUAAUAAUUGAAAUAGUAUUUUUUAA